AUGAUGUCUUAUCUUAAGCAACCACCUUACGCAGUCAAUGGCCUGAGUCUCACCACCUCGGGCAUGGAUUUGUUGCAUCCGUCCGUCGGUUAUCCCGGUAAGGCACCUUUUUCUCCCUCUCCCACCCCCCGAAAGCAGAGGCGGGAGCGCACCACCUUCACCCGGGCACAGCUGGACGUGCUGGAGGCCCUGUUCGCCAAGACCCGCUACCCCGACAUCUUCAUGAGGGAGGAGGUGGCCUUGAAAAUCAACCUGCCCGAGUCCAGAGUGCAGGUGUGGUUCAAAAACCGCCGGGCCAAGUGCCGGCAGCAACAGCAGCAGCAGCAGAAUGGGGGCCAGAACAAGGUGAGGCCGGCCAAAAAGAAGAACUCGCCGGCCCGGGAAGUGAGCUCGGAGAGCGGGACCAGCGGGCAGUUCACACCCCCCUCCAGCACCUCGGUCCCCACCAUUUCCAGCAGCAGUGCCCCCGUGUCCAUCUGGAGCCCGGCGUCCAUCUCCCCUCUCUCCGAUCCCCUGUCCACCUCUUCCUCCUGCAUGCAGAGGUCCUACCCCAUGACCUACACCCAGGCAUCGGGUUACAGCCAAGGAUACGCCGGCUCGACCUCCUAUUUCGGAGGGAUGGACUGUGGAUCUUAUUUGACCCCCAUGCACCACCAGCUCCCCGGACCGGGGGCCACCCUGAGUCCCAUGGGUGCCAACGCGGUCACCAGCCACCUCAACCAGUCUCCAGCCUCCCUCUCCACCCAGGGCUAUGGCGCCUCCAGUUUGGGCUUUAACUCGACCACCGAUUGCUUGGAUUAUAAAGACCAAACCGCCUCCUGGAAGUUAAACUUCAAUGCUGACUGCUUGGAUUAUAAAGACCAGACAUCCUCAUGGAAGUUCCAGGUUUUGUGA